AUGGAGCCUUCGAACUUUCAGAACGGUAGCCCACAGCAGCCCGCAGCCUCGCCAGAACCUAGCUCAACACGGCCGAACCCAUUCAACGACAGCCAGAUCACAUCCCGAAAGCGCCAAAGAACGUCACGCUCCGUCGAGAGCGCGGAGCGGCGGAGCAGCGCAUCGAGCAGCAGUGUGACUUUGACGGAGGAUGACGACGUAGAUAUGGAUGGAGUGCCCACAACGCCAAAGACUCCGGAAGGAUCUACAGGCUCCGAUCGACGGCCUCCAGAGACGUCGUCUAGCAACAAGGCUGUCACUAUCAACUUGCGGAAAGCACGUUCGGUUUCACCCAGCAGGUCAAUGUCUCUAGAGGAGCAGGAUCUGGCACAGCUUAUCACCGCGACUGGUCAGCCAGCUCUCCUGUCGACAGGCACUCCCGACGCCCCGCGAGAAUCCCCUCAAAUCGAGGUAAUAGAUGAUGACAGCUGCGAAGACGAAGACGAAGUACAAUAUAUCUCGACACAGCCGCUCUCUUACGACCUGACGCGCGAGUUCCCAUACCGUCAGCCUGAUGAACCAGCCAUAAACACGCUCCAUCGAUUAUACAAUCAUCUGCAAAAUAUGCGACCGGAAGACGAUAAUGUGGUGGUACAGAGCGUUGAGGGAUGGCUCCGCGACGCCGCCGACCAUUUACUCACGCCUCAUGGACCCCAGCAGCACACGGCAGACAUUGUACGCAUGGAUCCAGAGUUCUGGGUAUUGCUCGGAGACCUUGUGAACCACAUGGUCAACAGAAAGGGGGGUCCGCUCCAUCGAUGGGACGCCUUCCGCGAGACGACAAUGAGCUCGUAUCGGUUGGCUGGUUAUUUGACUAUGGUCAUGUUGAAUCUGGAUACACGGUUUCUCGAGAGACUGCGACACAAAAUUGCUGCCGGUCGAAAGCCACCAAUUGAGCUCCUCUCGAUCCGCCAUGUGAUCAGCAUGGCGGCUUUGCAUCCUGCGAAGCCACUCUUGGAGAACGACCGACAAGAUAUAUACAAUCCGUCCGACCAUCCCGCCGAUCCGCAAGUUGUGUCCCAGCAAACUGAGCUCAUGUCCACUGACGGCCUUGUGUACCUGGGUGAAUUUUUUGAUAAGCUGAUACCGGUAUUAUCAUCAGAUCCAUCGGAAAUGGGUCAACUAGUGCCCUACGUGGCCUAUCUGCAUAGUCUGUUGCGAGACGCAGAUGCGACAUCGUCUUCAAGAGACCAUGACGAGGAGUGUGCUGCGCAACAAAAUCUCGCCAGAGGCCACCAACACUGGCUUGAUAUAGUCCGGUUGCUGAACGAGACCAUUGAGAAACGACUCUCACAUAUUCAGUGUCCGGUUGUCCGGGCCUUGGUACCCAAGAUGAUGGAAUUGCUCAAAAUUACACUCACUGGCCCGCACUCAGCUGCCGUGGCUGCCAUGGACAAGCAUCGGCAACUACAUCCUACACUGCCGCCUUCGUUUACUGCGGAUGCCGUCGCCUAUGAGUGGCGCUUCGACACCGACCUCAAAUUCAUCAAAUGUGGCCAGAUGCAACUCCGCGUCCACGCCGUCAUGUCCAUGUGCUUGAAUUUGGUUGCGAUAUUUAAGCAAAAUCCCAGCCAAUCGCCCAUUCUCCGGCACAUGGGCGAGUAUCUACUUCGCAGCAAUCUUAUGGACUAUAUUAUGGGCCCGAACAGCCACCCGGAACUGAUCCAAGAAUGUGCGAACAUUAUCGGCUUCCUCUUCGUCACCAAGCUCUACACUCAAGACCAUACGGACCGCCUCUGGCAGUGUCUGACAGCUAGCGCAGACGCCAGGUUUUCGGAAGCACUCAUGCGAGCUCUUCCCAGCAUCCUCCACGUGCUUGGUGAAGAGGAACUGUGCCAAUUCUUGUCCAAGCUUGAGGCGACUUCUGCAGAGCAGCUGACGGGCCCUGUCAGGGCAGCAUGGUCCUUUGUGAUGGAUCACUGGUUUCAAAAAAUCUCCCAGAACCCGACCAAAGUCACAUACCAGCCAUACAGGCUCUGCAUUCGCCUUUUCAGGGAAAUGUACAUGCGAGGAACCCCCAGACCGACUGCUGAACUACACGGCAUGAUUGCCAACUGCUUUGAUAAAUUCCUCCGAAUCGUCACUGACGAAGUACGCGGGGAGAUAUACCGCAGCUGUAUGGAUGAUCUCACCCAAAGACGCCAAACAACGCUGGGCAGUCUAUGGGUUCUGCACAUGCUCGCCGUCCGACGAAGUAUUUUCAUUUACAAUCUCGGCCAGGUCCCCGACAAGGCGCUGGCGGAGUUAUACAUCAAUGAGAUAGCCGACGCCGUUGAUGCAGCAUCAAGUGAAAACAGCCAGCCUGUCUUAAGCGGCUCUGCGAACUUGCCUCGACGCGAGGUGCUAUACUACUUGAUUAGCCAACAUGGAUCUAAUAUUGAUCACGCUACGGCUGUGAGGCUGUGGGAAAAUACUGUUGGGCAUCGCACACUUUGUGCCCGCGACAGGGAGGCGGGCUGGAAGAUUUUGCAAAACUUCGCUUCCUUGGGCAACCCCAACGCCUUUGUCCAGGAAUGUCUGACCAAACACAUUGGUAGCCUGCCACCCGAAUGCUAUUGCGAUGGUGCAUUGCAGUUCAUCAAGCAGGAGACGCUGGCACAGACCAAAGAGACUGAUGAGUUCAACCUCGAGGAUGGAGAUAAUGUCAACAACACUUGUAUCGAGCACCUAUGGCGGAUUGUUCUUGGUGCGCCGGAUAAGAACCUUGCGGAACGUGCUAUGCAAGUACUCGCAGUCGAGGUGUACUUGGACAACACAGCACUGCAGGACUGUACCCCUCUCAAGAUGCGCAAGGUUCAUUCUGCGCUGAUUGAACGAUGCUUUCAGCAGUUGAAGGCGGCUGCCAACGAGUUGACCCUGGCAAGCGGAGAGGCGCAUUCGGACAGCGAUGCCGUCAUGGAGCUCAGAGGCGACCGCAAUACAACCAAAGAUGCGGAGCGCCUAUUCUUGCGCUCGCUACACCUUCUCCAGCACUUUCUACAAGAGUACCAGUCGAGGCCGCGCUUUGCUGCCCCGGUUCUGAGUUCUCUUGUGGCGAAGGAGCCGGCUGCCACAAUAGCAGGUGAAUCAGCGCAGUUGCAUUAUCAGUCGUUUGAUAAUGGCCACCAAACCGAGGUCCUUCCGCUCGAGAUUGGGCAGAAAAACACCGCUGCAUCCUUGCUCGCUAGCAUUCAAGAACAAACUGGCUUCCCCAACUAUGGCGCAUUCGUCAAAGGACAAGCCUUUCUACCAAGCGAGGAAGACAUGCGCCUGAGCUUGGAUCAACUGAAGCUCACCAAUUGCUUGAUUCUUGUUAGAAAAGAGCAUUCGGGCAAUGAAGCGAACCUACGGUUCGGGCCCAGUUGCUCGCAUGCUCAAAUCGAGGUCAUGAAUCACUUCCGUGAUCUAUGGCAAUUUCUCGAUCUCCCCGAGGCCCUGGCGCUCGAUACCUACCACCUCCUCAAGCAGUUGCCUGCCGACAUGGAAGUCAUUCUUGGGCCGGUAUCAAGUCUGCCGAAAACGCACGAUCAACUAUUCCCCUCCGGCCAUUACCUACGGUCUCUUUACGCUGCACAUGCUUUUUCGGCGUACAAGACUUUACUCGACCGGAUGCACGUUCGAGAGCUAGACGCCGAGGAUGGAGUUUCAGACAGCAGGCUGGCUUUGAGUCACCCUUACGCGGAUAUUAGAUCCAGUGUCAUAGCGGCCCUUGUCCGAGCUCUUAUCGACCGUGAAAGUAUCGUUCCUUCCGGCGACAAGUUGCACAAGAGUUUGCUUGCCUCUUUGCUACAUGCUCUGCACAUCUGGUUGGAAGACUGCGGGGAAGUUCUCGAGGCUUACUCGUUUGACAGUAUGGGCAUCACGUCUGCGGAGCCCAUUGUUGCAGUGCUCACCGAAACUCUCGCGUCCAACGAUGCGCUGGCGCUUGAUGUUUGUCGCAGCGGCUUGGCUGUCAUCUUGCGACUCUGCCUCCUGGACUCGGCCUUUUGUGACAGGGUCAGCGCUCAAUCAGACGUCGUGGGCAUUUUGGCCAAAUUGCUGCUGUCUCAUUCGCAAAAGUCCUUCAGGCAAACGACAGGCGAAGUUCUCGCCACAUUCUUCAAAGAACAAAUGCAAGCUAUCCGAAGUUUGAGCAAACCCUUCGCAGAGAUGCGGUUAGAUACGGUGCGAAGAGUUGGCAAACUGGUGCUCCCCAAACUUUGCCAACUGAUCCCUGAGGCCACAAAUGUUCCAAGCCGAAGUGAGGAUUUCUUCCAGGCAAUUUUGUCUCUGUUCUCCAUUCUGCCUGGAAGGAUGGCGGACUUUGUGGAUAUGGAGAACCUGGCGGUUGGAGUGGGCGAGUUGCUCCUGAUUCAGGAAACCACUGAGUGCGUGACGAAUCCCUUGACAUGCGACAACGUGCUCCAAGGACUCGUUAUCACUUUAGACAUCUGUCUAAAGCAGGAUCAGUCGCUCGCGAGGUCUGAUGCAUUUCCCAGGGCUGGGUUAUGUGCCAUCAUCCUCGAACUGGUCAAGGCCGAUGAUUCGGUACUAGCGGACAUUCUCCACAGCCUGAACGAAGCUCUGCCAUACAUCGAGCCCGACGAAGAUCUCCGUUACACGUUCUACGACAUGCCUAAUCCAUUUGAUCCUAGCCGUGCCUUGAGGGCAUCGUCAGGCUAUGUUGGUCUGCGUAAUCUCGCCAAUACGUGCUACUUGAAUUCGUUGGUCACGCAACUCUUCAUGAAUCCAGAGUUCAGAGCUUUCAUGCUAAAAGCAAAGCAAAAGUCAACUACUGACAGUCAGCAUCUUCUCACCGAGACAAAAAAGGUAUUCGGCUACAUGCAGGAGACUUACCAGCGAUUCGUCGACCCGUCGGCGCUCGUCUACUCUAUCAAGACGUACGAGAACACACACAUCGACAUUGGUCAACAGAUGGAUGUAGAUGAGUUCUACAACCUUAUUUUCGAUCGAUGGGAAGGCCAGAUGGUGGACGCCACCGAGAGGAAGAAUCUGCGGUCCUUUUAUGGCGGCCAGCUGGUGCAACAAAUCAAAUCGCAGGAGUGCGAUCACAUUUCCGAGGUGUUUGAGCCUUUCCAGGCAAUUCAAGUUGACGUCCAAGGGAAGACGUGCCUCCAGGAGAGCUUACAGGCCUACAUCGAUGGUGAGAUGCUCGAAGGCGAUAAUCAGUACAAGUGCUCUACAUGCGAUCGCCAUGUAGAUGCAGUCAAAAGGUCAUGCCUUAAGGACUUGCCGGACAACAUCAUCUUUCAUCUGAAGCGGUUCGACUUCAACUUGCAAACACUGCAGCGCAACAAGGUUUACGGACGCUUCUCUUUCCCCCUCGAGAUCGACCUGAACCCCUUCACUGUCGAGCACUUGAGCGAUCCGAGUAGUUCGAGUGAGGAUAAAUUCGAACUCGUCGGCGUGCUGGUCCACGCAGGCACGGCUGAGUCAGGCCACUACUACUCGUACGCGCGCGAGCGGCCGUCAGGAACUCAGCCCCCCAAGUGGAUUGAGUUCAACGACGAGUCGGCAACUCCAUGGGAUCCAGCUCUACUUGAAGACGCCACGUUUGGUGCUGCAGCUGAGCCAGGCAGCAACGCCAAAAUGUACAGUGCUUAUAUGCUUUUCUACCAGAGAAAGGCGUCCUUGCUCCGGCAGCAGCAGGAAACCAUAGAACAGGCGCUCCAACUUCCCUUGCGCGUGCCGAUGGGCAAUGGCUUGAAAGAGUAUAUACUCGAAGAUAACACGCAACUCCUCCGGCGCCACUGCUUAUUCGAGCACAGUCACGCGACCCUUGUCAAAUCAAUUUUUGAGCACGCAGCAACUGGCCUCGGAAUGAUGCACGGAGAUGACGAGCUGACCGUGGAGGGCCAGACCCCCAUGACAACAACCUCAGGAAUAUCACCAGUGCUCCUUUUUGAUGUCGCGCUCACUCACCUGGAUCAGGUCGUGACCCGGAGGAAGGACGCACCCAACUUUGAAAUUUUUUCAAACGCACUGGACAAGGCCUUAUCGACUUCAAAAGAGGCGGCGUAUAUCUACUAUCGAUACUUCCAUCUGCGGCCUCAUCCAUUCCGUGCGAUUGUGCAGCGCAACCAUUGCGCACGGGUCCGCAUUGAGACAGGCGCUCAGUUUCUUCGAGUGGUCGAGCACAUCGCUCUGAGCACGCCCUCUCGCUAUCUGUCCAGCUCUGAGUACGCGGAUAGUCCUAACGAAAUCCCUGUUGUCCGUCGGAGCUUCGAAGACACGCGUGCCCUGCGCGAGGAUGGGGUGCCCGUGCUCCGAGGUGUCAUGGACGUGGUAGAAUGCAUGUGGAGAUAUUUCCAAAGCCACCCUCGCUCAUGGAAUGAGUGUUUCGGGUUCAUUCAUGCUUGGGCAGAGUUUGGUGAGAGGGAGGUUGCUCACCUUCUCUCCGAGGACUUUCUGUACCGGCUGGUACGGAUCAUUGCGGCCGAUGAUAGCGACCCGGAACUGCCUGAGAACUACGCUCGCAUGCUGAGGAACAUUGAGAGACGGCGAACGGUAUCGUACGAAGAGAUCAUCGGGACUAUUGAGUACUUGCUGAGGUCGAUGGAGCCAGAAAUAGGCCCUGCAAGCAUCACUGAAUCGGCGUCUGAGCGUCUGGCGGAGGACCCACCCUUCAGCUGGACUUCCUCAGAAGUCAGUCUCCUGCAUUACCACCCGCGCCACGACGGCACCAGUUUCUUCGUGGAGAGGUUGAUUGGCAUACAGCAAAAUCCGAGGGCGACGACCUCCAUCGUCGGGUGGCUUGCCUCCACGAGUCUGCCAAUGUCAAAGACAGUUCACCAGACGUUGCAGGCGAACCUUGACCCGAAAGAGAGCAGCGACUACUUGACCGCAUUCCUGGCUGCCGCCGCCGACUUUGUCAUCCUGUCGGCAUAUGUGGACGAGGCUCAACGCUUUCUGACCUUUUUGGCAACCAGGACAAGUCGCUACGACACAGUCGACCUGACUUUGCUCCUACAGUUCUUCGUGCGAGUUCUUGGAGACCCGGAAGCCGAUGAGGAUGUCGUGAACCACUGCAUCAAGAUCAUGCCCCUGUGGGUUCCUAGCCUUCUCAUACACGGAAGAGAGACCGUGCAGAGGGCUACACUCAGGCUAGUCCAUCGAAAGCUGUUGAUACAUUGGGCGGAUGAUCAGAUCGACGACGAAGUCGAGCAGCUGCGCAAGGAUGCUGCCGUCAUCGUGUACGGGCUUGCUGUGGCGUGCAUGGAUCAUGUCAGCGGCAUUGCGGCUGAAGGUAACCAGCAGCUGACGCAGUCUUCGGUGGAGUUGGUCUUGCAGCUGAUAGAGGGUUGCCGGCAAUUGGUAACAGAGGAGCUGAUGGGCGCUGAAGCGGCUGCUAGACUUGAUGACAUGGCACAAGCUUUGGCGCUCGAGAUCCCCCACCUGGUAGCGGACGAUGAGAUUGAGGAAGACCAUACCGACCAAGACGUUGCCGUGCCCUAG